AUAGGCGACCCGAAGCAGUGUUUCGGGACGCAACCGAAAAACGACGCAUACAAGAUUUCCAAGACGGAUUAGUAUAAGCGUCUUGGAGUUUGUCCGGAUUUGUAGCAAACAGAGUUGCAGGACGGAACGGACUAACGGACUUGCAGCAACAACUUACAGCCAAACUUCCACAAGAUUUUACGAUAGCCAGAUUUAAAAUGGAUUUUCUAACUAUUCCAGGGAUAUUAUUCUACUGUUUGUUUUAUAUUUCGGCUGUUUUUUGUCAGAAUAACCACACAAUAUAUGUGGGUGUGACUAAAAGAUGCCCGAGGGUUCUAGUAGACGUGGACCUGUACGACAAUCUGUACCUAAAGUCAACCGACAUAGACCACUCUGAUUUCAGACGCCAUGAAGAAUGCUCGGUCUCUGUAAUAACUGGUAUGGUCGACCAUGGUCUCUGUAUCUCUGUCAUGGACGUAGCGCUGUCCAAGGAUGUCGAGAUACUCUUUCAGACCAACACUUAUGAACCUGAUAAGAAAAUCGACAACCGCCAUGCUAGAACUGGUGAAUGGUGUACAUCAGAAUCAUUGGUGACAAUUUCAGUCAGAGUCAAGUUCACGGAACAGUCCGCUCCUGACGGCCCGUCUUUGAAAUUCUCGAUGAAGGUCCAGGCAGUGCCUAUAUCACAUAUAAGACGAAUAUAUUACAUGGAUUCCAAGCUAAGUUGUGAUGUUCAACAUAAGUUAGGCUCUGGAGAAAAAGUGAUGGUAUUUUCCCAUCGUCGACCCCACAUUUCCAAAGAACUUCCGGGCGUCUGUGACGUCACGUUCCUCUCUACCGCCUCCGACGAAUAUGAAGAAAUUUGCUUACGGUUUGUGAAGCCGAUUAGGGAUUGUGACAUGAGUGUGGUGGUUACGAAUCUUCUUCAGCCACACUGGAACCAUAAUGAGACUUUUAAUUGUAUGAGUGAGGUGACAGAAAACGAUGAAUUCUGCUCGGAGAACAAAGAACUUCAUCUCCGACUGACACGAUCCCAUUUCACCAACUCCGAUUUCGCCAUUGCUGUUGAGAGCAAGAGACACACUUUUUGGAAGUAUGUAGCAGAAGAAAAGAGAGAAAUGAUAGGCGUAGACAUAGUCAGGACCAUCAUCUAUAUGGUGUCUAUUAUCAACGCUACGUUAGCCGUAACAGUCGCUGUGGUUUCAUUCUUACACCGUAAUCCACUGUCUUCCAUCAGUCAGUGGACUGUACACAGCGUCUUCUACUUCCCCAAAUCGUGCCCUGAAACCAUCUUGAACACCAACAUCCCAAAUGACCAAGACCAUAUUCCAGAUUCGUGUUAUGUUCCUGAGAAAAUUCAAUCGGAGCAACCUGUUAUUUAAAACUGCCGUCUGGAACUACUCCCCUUUUGUAGGACUACUUUCGUUUUAUUACUGUGGUUCCUGGCCGUAUUUGAGGAAUUGGAUGGUUCUUCUUUUUUUCAUGUAAAUAUACAUACUGCUGUGAUUUUAUUCUUAAACGUUAUGACUUUUGAUCUUAUUCUUUAAUUCUGUCCAAUUUCUCGAUUAAUGAUUGAAUACGUAAUGGCUGCGUUGGCCUUCCACAAUUACGUUUUCCCUAUCAUUAUGGGUUGGAAAUAUUACGUGCAUAUCUUCAAUUACUCUCACAUACAGUUUGCAUUUUGAAAUUUUUAAAUGCUCAGAAGAUACCGCAAAAUCGAGAGUAACGGCGGAGCUCACCAUAUAAAUCUAUUAUAUACGGAAGCCCAACGCGGACAUUAUAUAGAAUUAUAACUUAUAAGUUACAUGCUUAAUAACGCUGCUACGUAUCGUCUUGUAUUGUAAUUAUGCAAUGUAUGUAAAGUUUUAUACGUUUUUGUAAUCGACAUAAUAAAAUUAGGCAAUC